AUGGCACCCAGGGGGGAGCGCGCCAAGCUGGGUCCGGGGCCGGAGAGGGGCCCGGGGGCGUGUCGAUGGGCGUGGCAUAAGAGGCCACGCCCACGGUCUGCGACAGCCUGGGACGUGCUGGAGGCCGGCCUCUCCCGUGCGCCUCCCGGCAGGCCAGGACGCGCCUCCACCCACAGCGUCCCGAGUGCGUUCAGGGCGGGUUCCCGGGAUCCAGUGGGGCGGCCCGAGGCUUUAAGGGGCUAUCGGCGCGUACUGCCCACAGCGCCGCCUAGCCGCUUUCUGCCGCCGCCCGGCCAGGCCCAUCCCGGCCCCGCCCGCUCCCGGAACUCCUGGAAUCCCGGGCCGCUGCCUUCGGGAGGGACGCGAGCAGUGGCCGGGCUAGCCCAGGCAGCCUGCGAGGACAAAAAGGCUCUCCACUCAUUUUCCCCCUGCUGGCUGGCUAUUAACUUUUCCGCAGUGUAUGCCACACAGACGGACCAACAGGCCGAGGCCAGGUCCUACCUCAGCGAGGAGAUGAUCGCUGAGUUCAAGGCUGCCUUUGACAUGUUUGAUGCUGAUGGUGGCGGGGACAUCAGCGUUAAAGAGCUGGGCACCGUGAUGAGGAUGCUAGGGCAGACACCCACCAAAGAGGAACUGGAUGCCAUCAUUGAGGAGGUGGAUGAGGAUGGCAGCGGUACCAUCGACUUUGAGGAGUUCUUGGUCAUGAUGGUGCGCCAGAUGAAAGAGGAUGCGAAAGGGAAGAGCGAGGAAGAGCUGGCAGAGUGUUUCCGCAUCUUUGACAGGAACGCAGACGGCUACAUUGAUGCUGAGGAGCUGGCUGAGAUUUUCCGAGCUUCUGGGGAGCACGUGACAGAUGAGGAGAUCGAAUCCCUGAUGAAGGACGGAGAUAAGAACAACGAUGGCCGCAUUGACUUCGACGAGUUCCUGAAGAUGAUGGAGGGCGUUCAGUAAGGAGCCGGCCUUCGUUUCCACCCAGAUCGCAGGUCCCCUGGGU